GCGGGGCGGGCGAGCUCAUUUGGCCGCUGCGGGGCUGCGUAGAACAACUAACGCGGCGCUUUCCGGCGGCACACACUCGCACCAGCACAGACCCGCCGCCAGCCGAGACCCGGACAUCCGGCCAUGGCACAAGCCGCCAAGCACCUGCGUAAGAACAAGGAUUUAGAGGCGCUCGCCGAGCAAGAGAAGAAAGAGAAGGAGGAGGAGAGGGCGAAGAAGAGGAGUCGGUCGCGGGACAAAAAGCGCAAGGCCCACGCUGUUCACCGCUGGCUAAUCGAUCAGGACAAUAGUGUGAGCUCUGAGCCGCCGGAUGGCCAGGGAGUGUGGCACUAUGAUGAAACACUGGGGCAAUUUGGGAACCGCUGGACUGGAACUGAUGCCGCCACCAGUUUUCUACGUGCCGCUCGCUCAGGUAACCUGGAAAAGGCUCUUGAUCACAUCAAGAAUGGUGUUGAUGUCAACACGGCCAAUCAGAAUGGACUCAACGGACUACACCUGGCCUCCAAAGAAGGUCACGUCAAAAUGGUGCUGGAACUUCUGCACAAUGGCAUUGUGCUAGAGACCACUACAAAGAAAGGGAACACUGCCCUCCACAUUGCUGCCUUGGCUGGACAAGAGCAAGUGGUGACAGAGCUGGUCAACUAUGGAGCCAACGUCAACGCUCAGUCACAGAAGGGCUUCACUCCACUUUAUAUGGCAGCACAAGAGAAUCAUCUAGAAGUCGUGAAGUUCCUCCUAGAAAAUGGAGCCAACCAGAACAUUCCGACUGAGGAUGGCUUCACUCCGUUAGCUGUGGCUCUGCAGCAAGGUCACGAGAACGUGGUAGCCCUGCUCAUCAGUCACGGCACCAAGGGAAAGGUUCGCCUUCCGGCGCUGCACAUAGCAGCGCGCAACGACGACACCCGCACUGCCGCCGUGCUUCUGCAGAACGACCCCAAUCCUGACGUCCUCAGCAAGACAGGCUUCACGCCGCUCCACAUCGCUGCCCACUACGAGAACGUCAAUGUGGCUCAGCUGCUGAUCAACAGAGGAGCCAACGUGAACUUCACUCCCAAGAACGGGAUCACACCUUUGCACAUUGCAUCCAGGAGGGGGAACAUGGUCAUGGUCAGGCUUCUGCUGGACCGUGGAGCAACUAUCGACGCCAAGACUAAAGAUGAACUGACCCCACUUCACUGUGCUGCCAGAAAUGGUCACGUUAGGAUCAUUGAGAUUCUGCUGGAACAAGGAGCCCCCAUACAAGCCAAGACCAAAAACGGUCUUUCUCCAAUCCACAUGGCAGCUCAGGGGGACCACUUGGACUGUGUGCGGCAGCUCCUGCAGUACAAUGCUGAGAUCGACGACAUAACACUAGACCACCUGACGCCGCUACACGUGGCCGCACACUGCGGGCACCACCGGAUGGCCAAAGUGCUGCUGGACAAAGGGGCCAAGCCUAACACCCGUGCUCUGAACGGAUUCACUCCGCUCCACAUAGCCUGUAAGAAGAAUCACAUUCGUGUCAUGGACCUACUGCUGAAACACUCGGCGUCUUUGGAAGCUGUAACAGAGUCUGGCCUCACUCCACUGCAUGUCGCCUCCUUCAUGGGCCAUCUGAACAUAGUGAAGAUCCUCCUGCAGAAGGGAGCCUCUCCGAACGCAUCCAACGUGAAAGUGGAAACUCCGCUGCACAUGGCGUCUCGAGCAGGUCACUGUGAAGUCGCAGAGUUUCUGCUUCAAAACACUGCUCCGGUGGACGCCAAAGCCAAGGAUGACCAGACACCGUUACACUGCGCAUCCCGCAUGGGUCACAAAGAGCUGGUCAAGCUUCUGCUGGAGCACAAAGCCAAUCCGAACUCCACCACCACAGCCGGCCACACCCCACUGCACAUCGCCGCCAAGGAGGGACACACGCAGACCACUCAGAUCCUACUCGACAUGAACGCCCAGCUGACCAAAAUGACCAAGAAAGGCUUCACUCCUCUUCACAUGGCAGCAAAAUACGGGAAGGUGGACGUGGCCGAGCUGCUCCUGGAGAGAGGCGCGAACCCAAAUACUGCAGGCAAGAAUGGACUCACACCUUUACAUGUGGCUGUCCAUCAUAACAACCUGGAAAUGGUCAACUUGCUGGUUAGCAAAGGCGGCUCUCCGCACAGCACGGCAAGAAACGGCUACACCCCUCUCCACAUCGCCUCCAAGCAGAACCAGAUGGAGGUGGCCAAUAGUCUGCUUCAGCACGGAGCUUCCGCCAACGCCGAGUCCUUACAGGGAAUCACCCCGCUCCACUUGGCAUCCCAAGAGGGCCGAGCGGACAUGGUCUCGCUGCUUAUUUCUAAGCAGGCCAACGUCAAUCUCGGCAACAAGAGUGGCCUUACUCCGCUGCACCUCGUUGGCCAGGAGGGUCAUGUAGGCAUUACGGACAUUCUGGUGAAGCAUGGGGCGUCAGUGUACGCUGCAACACGGAUGGGCUACACCCCUCUUCAUGUGGCUUGUCAUUAUGGAAACAUUAAAAUAGUGAAGUUCCUCCUGCAACAGCAGGCCAACGUCAACUGCAAGACCAGGGCGGGGUAUACUCCUCUUCACCAGGCUGCCCAGCAGGGCCACACUGACAUUGUGACUCUGCUUCUCAAACAUGGUGCACAACCCAAUGAAAUGACCACCAACGGCACGUCCGCACUGGCCAUCGCGAAACGUCUGGGUUAUAUUUCUGUCAUCGACGUCCUCAAACUCAUCACUGAGGAAACCGUGACGAUGACCACCACGGAAAGACAUCGGAUGAGUUUUCCGGAGACGGUUGAUGAGAUCUUGGACGUAUCCGAGGACGAAGGGGUGGCACAGCUAACUCUAGGCGAGGAGCUGCUAGGAACCGAGAUUGCCAGGUAUUUGAAGACGGAUGGCAUGAUGGACCAUGAUGAAGAUUUCCUUUCUCCCAAACAGUUGACUGAGAACUACUCCCCUGCUGUCCCGAGGAUACCGUGUGUCUCCCCCGAAACAUUAAAAGAGCAUGAAAUGGAUCAGCACACGCCUAUCCCGAUGCCCAAAGAGUAUGACGAAGACUCUCUAAUCCCCAGCAGUCCCGCCACGGAGACCUCAGAUAACGUCAGUCCAGUUGCAAGCCCUAUUCACACCGGCUUCUUGGUCAGUUUCAUGGUGGAUGCACGAGGUGGCUCGAUGAGGGGGAGCAGACACAACGGGCUACGCGUCAUCAUACCGCCUCGGACGUGCGCUGCCCCGACACGCAUCACUUGCCGCCUGGUAAAGCCUCAGAAACUCUCCACACCACCUCCUCUGGUGGAAGGCGAGGGCUUGGCCAGCCGAAUCAUCUCCCUGGGUCCGGCUGGGAUGCAGUUUUUGGGACCCGUGAUCGUAGAGAUCCCACACUUUGCGGCGCUUGGCCGAGGAGACCGAGAGCUGGUGGUCUUGAGAAGUGAGAAUGGUUCUGUCUGGAAGGAACAUCGGAACCGCUACGGCGAUGAGGUGUUGGAAACCAUCCUCAAUGGCAUGGAUGAAGACUUAGAAAGCCAGGAGGAACUUGGGAAGAAGCGCAUCAGGCGCAUCAUUUCCACCGACUUCCCCCUCUACUUCGCGGUGGUCUCCCGCAUCCAGCAGGAGAGCGACCUGAUCGGCCCGGAGGGAGGUCGCCUGACCAGCAAGAUUCUGCCGUUGGUCCAAGCCAAUUUUCCAGAGACAUCCGUGACCAAGCGGGUUCGUCUAGGACUGCAGGCCCAGCCGGUCCCUGACGAACUGGUGGCCAAGCUGCUGGGGAACCAGGCCACUUUCAGCCCCGUGGUGACGGUGGAGCCGAGGCGUCGCAAAUUCCACCGGCCUAUCGGUCUGCGAAUCCCACUUCCUCCGUCCUGGAGGGAUAGUCCUCGAGAUUCUGGAGAGGGAGACACCACCAGCCUACGUCUGCUCUGCAGUGUUAUCGGUGGUACUGACCCAGCCCAGUGGGAAGAUAUAACUGGAACCACCAAGCUUUUAUAUGCUAACGACUGUGCCAAUUUUACCACCAAUGUCUCAGCACGCUUUUGGCUAGCAGACUGUCCUCGGACUGCAGAGGCCAUUUCCUUUGCCAACGUGCUGUACCGCGAGCUGUCGGCGGUCCCCUACAUGGCCAAAUUUGUCAUAUUCGCCAAGAUGAACGAGGCGCGAGAGGGCAGACUGCGCUGCUACUGCAUGACUGAUGACAAGAUGGACAAAACCCUGGAGCAGCAUGAGAACUUCACUGAAGUAGCACGUAGCAGGGACAUCGAGGUCAUGGAGGGUAUGCCACUACACCUGGAGUGCUCUGGAAACUUAAUCCCCGUUCGCAAGGCCACCCAACAGCCUCGCUGCUUCAGCUUUCAGGCCUUCAGGGACAACAGACUUCCGGUCUCUGUGAAGGUACGAGACAGCAGUAAGGACCCGACUGGUUUCUUGUCCUUCUUGCGCAAGUCUACCAAGUAUGAGGACAGCCAGCAAGUACUAUGCAACCUUAAUAUCGCUAUGCCACCAUGCAUGAAGAUUGGAGGGGGUGAAGACAGAAGGAGGACACUUACCCCACUGGCCCUUCGAGAGAGAUACAGUGCUCUCAAUGAACCUAAUAUGGCAUCCAUGAGCGUCGUGGAACGGACAGAGUUAAAAAUGGCAGUAAUAGCUGAACAACUGGGACUGAGCUGGGCUGAGCUGGCCCGAGAGCUCCAAUUCACUGUUGAUGAAAUUAACAGGAUUCGAGUAGAGAACCCCAAUUCACUUCUGGAACAGAGUUCAACCCUGCUUAAUCUGUGGGUUAGCCGUGAAGGCAAGAGGGCAAAGAUGGACAGUCUUUUCAUGGCUUUGAGGAGCAUCGACCGAAUGGACAUCGUGAAGAUGAUGGAAGGGCAGCAGGGCGGCCAGGAACACGAGAGACGCCGACAGAACGACCGAGACCACGUCUCUCCCGGCUUGACAAACGGUUAUGGACUAGCCGUCCCGGACGAGUUGCUUUCGCCAGCCUCUGGUCAGCACAGCUUGACCUCCCCGAUGGGCACCGAGCCCUACUGGCAGGAGGUAUCGAGCAUGGACUGCGCGCCCAUCGCCACCACCGAAGAAGACACGCUGAUGGAGAUGUCCGAGGUGCAGGUGUGGCCGCUGGGCAAGAGCCCGUCUCUGGUGGCCGUGGAGGACACCACCUCGCUCGAGUGCAGCAAUGCCGACGACUCGGAAGGACCGCUUUACGGGACCCUGGGUAGGACAGGCAGUGCCACGCCGGGCACGGGACAAGGCACGGGGUUGAGCGGGUCCAUCGAGCUGCUGGAGGACCAGUCCUUCGGGGCGGACUCGGAACCCGCUACUCCUGGCACGGGGGUCAACAUCAACGGGCUGGAUAGAGGUCAAGGGUUGGAGAUGGAUGAGAAGGAAGAGGAGGUUGCGGUUGAUGCAAGAAGGAGUGUUUCGGGGGGUGACGGUGAGGGUUUGGGAGAAGAAGGGAAGAGCUCAGGCUCAGAAGAAGGCUUGUCUGUCAUUGCAGGGCAGCAGAGGAUUUACUCUCGAAUGUGUGAGUCCCCUGGGUUCGGUCGAAUUGCUGAUUGUAACGGCGACAGGUCGAGCGGCGGUUCCUUCCUCUCCUACCUCCAGGACCAGGCCAGCCCAGGAUGGCAUUCCAUCCCGGAUCCCGGUCAGAACUGGACAGGAAACUCGCAGCUCUCCAAUUCCAGACAGGCCCGAGAGUCCAUGAUGUCUUCGGUGCGAGCCGCGGUGGACGGAGAUAUGAACCAGUCGCACCUGUCCCAGGAGGCCUUGCUCCAGCCGGUGCGGGACAUGGGCCACACCGAGAUCCUGCGCGGGCAUUUCUGGGGGACGCAGCCUUUCGAGAAGGGUCUGGGCUUUCCCCACAGGGUACCCGAGAUCCGAGGAUGGGAGGACAUGCGUCUCCGAGGACAAGGCGACGAGGCCGUGGAUCUUCCCGGGGAGCAAGUGAGUGAGGAGCAGUUUACAGAUGAGCAUGGCAACAUUGUCACCAGAAAGGUCGUGCGGAAGGUGGUUCGGAGGGGAAAAGGUCAGUUUGAGGGUCAGGAGCUCACGAUAGAUGGGCUGCCGCAGGACGCCGGCGAGCUGCAAGCCGACGCCGACCAGUUUCUCAACUAUGCCGUCCUGGCCCGGGAUGGCAAGCUGGAGGUUGUGGAUGUGAAGAAGGGCGGGGCUCAGAUAGUGAAAUGCGCCACUUUGCGGAGGGUAAAGCAGUGAGCGGCGCUCCCGCCGCCGUCCAGGAUCUGUCCGCCAAACCCAAACCCUCCCUCAUUGACACAUGAUGAGCGCCGAGCACCGCCGGGAGAGCGAGGAAACGAAGGGGGCGCCGCCGGACGACUUUUGUGACUCCUUUAAAAAAAAUAAAAUAAAAUAAAAAACCGACAAACCGAACCGAUGCAACCAGAACUAGGCUAGACGCAUGAUUUCAUAAAAAAAAACGAAAACCAAACCUAGAAAAAAAGAGAAAUGUUGAUAAAUGAAAAAAAAGCAUCCGAGAAGUGCUUCCUGUUACCCCCUGUAUCAGCAUGUGAGGUGCUGCUGCAUGGCUUGCCUUUAUACACCACAGACAUGAAAGGGUGAUGACAUGAUGUAUGAGGGGCAUGAAAUUAGGGAAGAGUUCACCCCCCUUCCUACAUCCAACACACACACGUACACAUACACACACGUACACAUACACACACCCACCUCCCUGUUUAGUGUGGGUCAGGUGGGGGAUUUAGGUUUACUAAACCUGGAUCACGCAGCUUUCCGGAUCGUGUUCGCACCCGGAUCUGCAACAGCUCGUCCGAAAUUCGAGUCUUCCGAUAACCUAACGUCCCGACUUCUGAACUUCUGACUUCUAGCACUGAUACUGUGCAUAACGCAAUAUAUGCACUAAAUAUUAGUUCAACGUGUGCCGUGUCUGUACGUGUGGUUACGUUCCAGUCGAAAAAAAAAUAACAUGAAAAACGAUGUCUCGAUCUAAUCUAUGUGAUGAUGCUGCUGAUAUUUACUCAUGUGUUUGUUUAAUAAUUAAUUCAGUAUAAUCGACAGUAUGUACAACGUCACAACGUCACACGUUUGCAAAUUCCUGUCCAGUUUUAUGUUUAUUAUUAUUUUUAUUAGGUUUUUUUCAGUUUGUUUGUUGGUUGUUCUUGUAGUUCAUAAUUUCUGACCUUCUGGCCGACAACUGGACAAAAUAGUGCUUCCAAUAAUCUGUGGACUUUAUUUUAUUUGAGGAAUGAUUGGCGUAUUGAAUGUGAAAGUAUCACAUCACACACACACACACACACACACUUUCUAGCGGUAUCGUUUUUACACUCACGCUCAGUGAAAAUGUAGCAUCCAAGUCUUCCAUUCGAAAUAUUCAGUAGCUCAGGUUCUGUUUGGCUCGGACGGACGCUGAGAACGCGGUAUUAUUUUUAGCUCUCGCUUUCUUUUGGUCAUAUAUUUUCUAUAUAUUUUGUAACAUUUUGGUUAUUAAUAGGGUAGCGAAGGAGGAACUAUAUGGGGAAUAGGAGAGAGAUAUGCGCAGCAAAAAUAUUCGCAGACUUGCCUGCGGUUCCAUAUUCUUAACACAGGGGCGCCAAAUCUCCAAAUGCUUUCUUUUAGUCAUUUAUCUUUUAUAUAUAUUUUGUAACAUUUUGGUUAUUGAGUGGUUAGAGAAGGAAGAACGAUAUACAACAUAAAACAUGGAUUUUGUAAGAGUUUGCGCAGCAAAAUAUUGGCCGACUUGCCUGCAGUUCCAUGUUUUGUACACAGGGGCGCCAAAUCUCCAAGUGCUUCCUUUUAGUCAUAUAUUUUCUAUAUAGUUUGUAACAUUGGUUGGCGUAGGAAAAACGAUAUAAAACAUAAAACAUGGGUUUGGAUUUUCCUCAACAAAUAAGUAAAUAUUGGCCGAGUUGCCUGCAGUUCUGUAUUCUGAACACAGGGGCCACCAAAUCUCCAAAUGCUAUGUGCAGCACUUUUAAUACUAUAAGCCGGUAUUAUUAAAAGUGAAUAAUAAAAUAUUCAGUAACUCAGACACUGAGAACGUGGUAUUGACGGACGAGGCCAAAAUUAGCUCCCGCUUUCUUUUAGUCGCUUAUUUUCUUUAUAUUUUGUAACACUGGUUAGCGAAGGAAGAGCGAUAUAAAACAUAAAACAUGGGUUUGGAUUUUCCUCAACAGAUAAGUAAAUAUUGGCCGACUUGCGUGCAGUUCCAUAUUUCGAACACAGCGGGCGCCAAAAAUUGAUGACUUUGUUCCUUAAAUAAAUGGAACGAGUCAGCGUGAGAAAUAUGCAGUACCGGUGCCAAUCAGAAGGGGGAGAUUAGUGGUACGCAGCACUGUAAAUACUGCAAUAAGCAACCACUGAGCAAGCAAUAGACUUUUCUCAUUGCUUUUCUAUUUAAAAUGCAAUACCCGCGAAUACAAUACACGGACGUUAUUGUUUGAAUAAAUUCUAUUUAUUAGAUUGUAGAUGGUUUUUAUAGAUGUUGGAACGAUUCGGUUAAAUGAUACGACAGUAGAGACGCAAUAUUUUUUUUCUUUUAUCUUUUAAAUAACAUUUUUAUUUUUAUUUUUCUUCAUGAUACCAAAGCCCAUGUAGCCAAAUCAAAGUAAAAAAAAACAUAUAUUCUAAAUAUAUUGUGUCCUCGUGGUAGUGAUUUUAAAGCAAUAUAUUUCCUAGCGUUCGUCCUGUUUGUAGCAUAGCUACAGAACGAAAUGCUACAUGUUCGUGCGGUUUUCAUGCAAAUUUACUCUUCCGGGCUGCACGAAGAUACUUUGCGAACACUGUGAUUAGACUGCAGCACUGUCCCACCAACAAUUGUUCAACCAUCGUGUCGAUUUGGACGUGUAGCUACAAGUUUUCGCAAGAACGAUGUAAAACUUGGAUUUUGGAGUCGACCUCGGUCCUCAACUGGUUAUAUUUUUAAUUUUAGUCUUAAUUCGGGUUCCCAGUACAACUGAGACAGCUAACAAAGAACUGACCUGAAUAAUGAUUUCAAAAAAAGUCGUCACAGUAGGCAAAAUCAGUAAAAAAAAAUAGAGAGCAAUGAUUUGUGAAUGCUGUUGACCUGUGACCUUAUGAUGUCACAAAAUUUCUUAAAGUUUACACAUACUUUCCAUUAAUUUUUUAUUUUACUUGCAUUUUGCCUACUGUCUUAACUUUUUAAAACUCUAUUUAUAGUAUAAACGAACAAAAUUGUAAGUAAAGCUGUAGAAAGUAAAGACUCUGGGUGGGACCUGACAAUGUAGCCUCGCUCAGAAAAACAUCAUCAUGCCUGAACAUAAUAACUCCUUCUUUUAUGUAGCACGAUACCUUAUACUCUGAUGUAUGUAACAGAACUAGACUGCUUAUGUGUAGCUCCUGUGUAGCAUUAUUUUGGUUUUAUGAGACUCAGCCGACGCUUCGUUUGGAUUUUGCGACCACGGGCAGGUUGUUCAUGUGUAGAAGACAAUCCACUGGUGAGGUUUUGUGGAAAGGAGAGUAGAACCGCAAUCAGUGUAAAAUCUACGUUCACUGUAGGAGAGACACAAAUAGUAAAAAAAAACUAUUAAACCCACUUGGAGUGAGUUACUGCAGAAUUAUUGGACAUAUCCAUCAGAUAUUUGGUAUAUACAUCAAAUGGAUGGUGGAUUCUGAAAAUAUUCACACCUCAUGACUUUAUGGUGUCGUGGAUUUGAUUUUGAAUGAAUUGACAUUGUACCUAACGAUAUACACUUAAUCAAUCAUAACAAUGACGUAACUCAAAACUGAAAUUGUGGCAUCUUGUUUGUUUUUAUUUCUCCUAACGUGUCCAGAACUUGCAAUUUCUUUUAACUCUAACCCUAACCCUAAUCCUUUUCUCUCAAAUUUUUAGCGCAUCCAAUUGCCCGAUUGCGUCAUGCUUUCUUUUGUCACUUACACUAGGCGAGUGCAGGGCAACUCAGCCUUGUGUACGGAGAGACACACCCUGAUCAGCACUCUUUCCCCGCCUCUGUGCAGGUGCCAUCAAUCAGCCAGCAGAGGUUGUAGUGCAUCAGUUACGAGGAGUUCCUAUCCGGCUUAAUACUCCACCCCAUAUGAACAACAGGCCAAUCGUUGUUCAUGUGGCCGCUCAUCCCAGCCGGAUGGCUAGCGUGUUUUUUUUUUUCUUCAAAUCCACUGUAAAAUAAAGUGCAAAAAUGGGAAGAUGUCUGAAUACUUUCUGAAUUUACUGUCCAUUUGUUGUUGAGCAUCGUAAAUUAGGUCAUUUUAUUUUCCCAAAUCUGAUUACACAAGAUUUGAGACACAAACAUACUUGAGGUGCAUUAGUUACCACUUUAUUUACCUUAUUUUAUUAAUUAUUUUACAUUAAAACUAUUUCUAACUGUAGAUGUCAGAAUGUGCGAUAAAAAUGCUACUGACCAGCAACGUGCAAGACAUGAGCCACUUUUUUUCACCGAUUUAAACUGUCAGUUUGUAAAGUGGUGAUUUUAUUAUUCCUAUUAUUCUAUUAAGUAAUAUUAAGUGUUAAUUCUCACCGAUUCUGCUGCUGAGUUUAACAUAAAUGAUGUCACAUUUACACACGUGCACUGAUAAGAUUUCCGGGAUGUUACUCACUACCGGUGGACUUGUAUACGAUGUACAGACGGGGGGGUUGUUCCGAAUCGUGGGGAUUAAACCGGUUUCAUGCAAAAAUGUAAACUCGUGCAAAAACUAGCCGACACGUACUUUUAUCUUCUAGAGAAUGGAUCGAAACUAGCAACUCAAUAGCAUAUUAAUCUUGAAAAAGGAAUGCAAACUGCACACAUGCACAGAAAUGUUUUUUAUAUAUAUAAAUAUACAGAGAAAUUCUAUAUACAAAUGAAGUAUAUAUAUAUCCGUAUAUAUUUAAUUAGAAUGCUUUGCUAUUGCUAAUGGGAAUUUAUUACCUUCUAUCGGGGAUUACAGUUCUAUUAUGGAUGUACCUAUAGCACCCGGGACUUGAGGUAUGCCUGCAACUUGGAGAAUAUUAAGGCCUUGUGGGUCUGAUUUGGAUUUCAUUAUUAUUUUGUAUUGUUAUGGAGAUGAGAGGACAGUGAACGGUAUUUGUACACGGGUCUGCGGAUCAGCACUGAUCUGAUCUGACCUGAGAUGUAUACUGUACGUAUAGACGACUCACCCUGUACACCAGCUCAAAAAAACGACAUUUACAGGAUUAAUAAAGAAAUAACUACUCACUA